AUGAACCAGCACUCGAUUUACAUUGGGUCGGGUUCUCCGAGGUCCGACAGCGGAGGAGGGUCGCGACUGACCAACCUCGUCGCUGCCGAAGUUCCUUCCUUUCAGGUAGGCCUCAGUCCUUGUUUCCGAUCCGAAUUGAGCCGAGAAGUUCCUUUGUGACUGGGUUUUUUUAGUCGUUCCGAGGAUUAGAAGGAGUUGGUCAGUAAAACAUGCGUUCUGAGUUAUUAAUGCCACCCUGAAACUUCUCGUCGCGUCAAGAGCAUUUACUUGAAAUUCUAUAGUUUUGGAAAAACUUAACUUCGCCCCAAAAAGGGAAGACCAGUGUACACAAAAGUUGAUUACCGCUUUCAACAAAGCAAAAAUAAUGGAAAAUUUUUCACAGCUAUAUCUCGAUCGGAAGCUCUCCUUACAGAAAAUGUUCAAGAAGCAAAAGUAGAAUUUCAAAUCAGGAAAUUGAAUAGAAAUCAAUGUAAAGUCGCCUGGAUGUUUUAUAUGUCACGAAAUAAAGAAAAUAUUUCUUAGCCCUCUCCAUCCGUGAGUUUUUGUGCGAAUAGCUAUCAAGAAAAUGCGUCUCAUAACUUUAAGCGCAUUAGACAUAGAAUGCCUUUGUUGGUGAAACUUCGGAAUUUGGGAAGGUGUAGACUCUCAGGAUAAUUACAAAUGCACAGAAAAAUUCAGAGCUCGAGUAAGAAAACUUCUUUCGUCAGGACCAUAAAGUGUCCCCUUUCGAUAGUCGUCACUCACUGAAUUUCUCGAUUUUGAAGACGACGACGUUUUACGCACCGCCGAUUUCUACAUACCACGUCGUUUCGAGCGCUUCGAUGUUUUCUCCAGACCGCAAGGACUUCAUUUUGGCGCCGAUGCUGUGCUCGACCUCGGAAAGCGUUUCUUUGGACGAACAGCAGCACCAUCUUUCCGGUCCUGUCGACUCUUUGGUUUGUUCUGCUGGUUUUCUUUUUGAAUGAUGUUUUCAUUUUUAUUUAUUUGUUGAAAUUCCGAAAACUAGUUUCGAUCAGUUGAUAUUAAAAAAAAUCGAAACCUACAGGAUUAAAUACUUUUCAACCAUUUGAUAGGGAUAUCGGUAUCGAAUAUGCAUAAAAAACAAUUUAUGUGGGGAAAUGGCGUGCUGAUUUUUUAUUAUUUAAUUUCAAAGCUGGUGAAGUUUUGAGUAUUGAAAUAUCUUGAAAUCAUCUCCUUGAAGCAGAGCAAAUGUUCUUUUUUGCAGGAAACGGUCCAUCCGGCCGCUGUGCAGGCCGACCAAAUGAACGCCUACAUCGACACGUUCUUCGUGGACCACGAGCCGAGCACCUCGGCCGAUGGCGACGAAACUUUCGAGUUUUCCUCUCAUCUUUGCUCUGAGAUGAUUUGGCUGGUUUCAGAGAACUACGUGAUGUCGACAUCGACGUUGACGACUUCAAGUCCGAUGAGGACAUAGAGUAUUUUCCUCUUUCGCUUUGAAAUCAAGGAUAUUUUCUUGCAGUUUUGAAGAAGAGAGGAAACAGCUCAUCUUGGAACGUCAGGAACGGAUACAAACCCUGAUGCAGAAGAAAAGUCGUCGAGAAAUAGAAGAGCGCGAACUCGACGAGUUGUUGCAGGAAUCUGAGGAAUCUGUCCGUUUUUCUUCCGGUUCAAACAUUUUAGAAAAACAAAAAAUAGAUCGGGAAUGGAAAGCUUCAGGAAAACAUUCAACUACCCUGCUUUCAAAAGAUGUGAAGAGAUCGGAAACGUUUCAGAGACUCAAAGAUGAGCUGAUUGGAUCGGGGAGGAAUCGCGAAGAACGGGCGCGACUCCGAAGAGCCGAGGCCGCCCGGUCGCGCUAUCAACGGAUGUCGGAAAGCGAACGUCGGGCCUACAACCAGCGACGACGUCUGAAACAACUCGGAAUCGACCCCGACGCCAACAAAACCGAUUCUGACACGGUCAUACAACACGUCCGUAUGGCCAACGCCAAAAAGGCUGAGGCGGCUAGGCAAAGGUCUCUUUUUCGUUUCUUCCUCAUUCUUUCCUCUGGUUGAAAAUUGAACAAAGCUAAUCUAUGAAGAAUUCCUUCCAUAAAUUUUGCGCGAGUUCGUUCAAACUCCAUUUCCAGUUUUAUUAUGGAAUUUUCCUUCUGUUUGAAAUCAUGAGGUUUUAAAUUACACUUCAGCAAAGUUUCAUGAAAAGUCCAACCGGAGACCAAAAAGUUUCCUAAUAGGCAAAUUUUCAAAAAAGAUCGGUAGCUUUCGAUAUUAAAGGCCAAUGAGUUUGCGAAUCUCGAAGAGUUCUUCCAAGAAGACUCAGACAAAAUAGUAUUUUUUCUAAAAAGUUUUAUAGAUAAUUAUAUAUUAAACUUCAUUUCACAAUCUUUUUGCCAAUCAAAAAUUGGCCAGAUAUCACCGGAUGUCGUUGGAAGAGAAGCGAGAGUACAACCAAAGACGAACAGAAGCGUUCCGAAGACGUCGAAUGGAAGAAGAAAUGCUACUAUCGACGCCGGCCGGCCGAAUCUCUGCCGAGGCUCUGGCCAAGGCUCAGCAAAUCAUGAUUCGAAACGCUCGCAAGGCCGAAGCCGCACGGCUUCGCUACCAGAAAAUGACGCCAGAUGAGCGGAAAGUUCGUUUCGAAAAUACAAAAUUUUCCUUUUCACGCCUUCACAAAAAUCACAAGAUGAGUAUGGGAACAUUACAGGAGUACAACAACCGUAGAGCCCAGGCCAAAAGAGCGCGGCAACAGACGCGAGCGGCUCAGCAAAGGCGGCAGACCCAAUCCCAGGCCGCCGUCAACGGCUCUUUGUCCAAACGAAGAGGUUUCGUUAUAUUCCUUCGGAUCUUAUCCCAAUAAUCAGAACCUUUUCGAACGAGUCAUGUACGAAAACCAUUGAAUGGAAAGUUAAUCAUUUACUUCAAUUUAUACAAAUAACCGCAGAAGUAGACCGUCAGAAGCUCAGAAAAAGUUGAAGACCUUGUUAGAUUUUUUUCCACUGAAAUUUCUAUAAAAACUUUGUGAAAAUUUGAAAAGGUCUUGAAAAAUGUCCAAGCUGAUAUUUUCCUCGUAACUUUUCAAUUUGAAUUUGGUUUUCAGCUGCGGAGGUGUCCCACGACAUGUCUUUCGAAAACGGCCCCUCCUCGACUUCUUCUUCGCUGAUCAUGAACAACGACAUGUCGAUGCAGUCCGAAGACGUGCAGCCGAACCAAAGGACCUCCGCUUCGCCGGCCGUCGCCAGUCAGGACGACAUCUUCUUCCAAAUGGAGAGAGAGGUCGAGAAACGGACGAAGCAGGCGCAUAUGGUCUUGGCUCGGCAACAACAACAACAGCAACAUCACCAGCCCAAUAUGGCUCUGUCUCAGCCACAGAGUCGUCCCCUCCCGAUGCCUUUGCCUGAGCUUCAAGUCAAUCGCUUCCAGUCGGUGCAGGAUAUGGAGCAGCCUGAAAUCGUCCUCGAGACCCACGGCGAAAUGCUGGGUUCUUCUGAGCAGGUCCUCUUGCUCAAUGACGUCGAUGCGGUCCAUGAGAAAAUGUUCUGUCAGGUGGAGAGCCCUUCGGUAGAAAUUCGUUCAAGCAACGAUUUUAGGCGCAAUUGAUCGAUGAGAAAGCCCUCCAGCAAAUGCUGAUGACAGGAUAUGACUUGAAUGGGCAGCCUGUGGAAAUUCGGAUGGCGGACGGCACUUUGAUCAACGGACCUGAUCAGAUGAGGUUAAUUCAGUUAUCAAAUUUCUCAUUCGGGUAAGAAUAAGAAGAUUGUAUCGCAAUAAAAAAAUUCCCAAGGGGGAAAGUUUCGAGAGGUUUUUGUUGGGUUGAAAACGAGAAUAAUUUUUCAGAGCGAUAAGUAGCGGCCAGAAGAUUUACAUCACUCAAAACGUUCCAAUGGAUAUGAACGGAGGAGGGAAAAUAGAGUCCGCGAUGGCGAAUCAACCCAUUCAUCUCAUUCCGACAACGUCCAGCGAACACGGCAUCUACGAAACGGUGGAAGUCGGCGAUAUCGUUUGUUGUUUUCUGUCUUUCUGAGCGAAAAAGGACUUUUGCAGCCGGAUUUGCGGUACUCUUCCGAAGGAAUCCAACAAGAUCUUUCUCCUUCGCAGAACCACUCUCAAGGCGGCGCCAUGACGUCGAAACACGCGAUGAGCAAAGCGCGACGCGCCGAAAGAGCAAGGCUACGGUUCGAUUUGAACUUCAACUAGCGAGCUGUCUUUGCUGGCACCAGUCUCACAAGUUAAUUAUCGGGGACCUCACAGACAUAGACUUUCUGAAAAUCGAAAAGAAACAUUUCUCUUUGUUCUUUUGUUGUGGUAAGCCUUGAGAUCCUUUCAAGGAAGACUCGUUAGUUGAGAAAUGAAAAAACGGGAGAUAUUGACAGGAAGUUUGAGUCAAUUAAAAGCAACAAAAAAAAAUUGUCUGCUUUAAGUUUAAUGAAAUUCAAAUAGAUCUAAAUGAUUAGGUAUUGUACAUAGAUACAGGCGAGAUGUAGCGUUAUGAGUUAUUCAUUCAUUUAUUUAUUCAUUUAUCUCACUCAAAGAGUUAUGAGGUUAAAGUCCAAGAAGAGAACGCCUUUUUUUUCUCUGUACACGCAAAAUAUAUCCUUUUUCAGAUACCACAGUAUGGAACCUUCACUGCGACAAGCUCAGAACGCGAAGCGGGCCGAGAUGCUGCGGAAGGCGCGAGCGCGAGACGACGAACUCUGUCAGUUGGCCGAAUCAGUGGCCCUAGAACAGAUGGACGAUUCGACAAGAAAGAACGUGAUCGACGCGCAGGCGCGACGAGCAAAGAGAGCAGAACAGGCUCGGGCCAAAUAUCACCGCAUGAACAGGUUCGUGAGGAGAGACGAUGAGCUCUGUCUACCUGAGAAAUAAGAUGAUUUCACUAAUUAAUUGGGAGAUCUCUGAAUUCGGCCUGACGCAAAUCUGAGGUAUCAUUUGAAGACUCUAAAGGCCUCAACCUCUACAACUUUCUAGUCUUCGAAAAAAAAGCUCAAAUUGACAGUGUGAUGUUACUGAUGUUACUUUGAUGUCGCACUUAGCACUUUUUUCUUGCAUAAAUAGAACGUUUAUGUCAUAAAGGGUAAAAAAAAAAUAGAAAAACGAGAUAAUCAAAAAAAAUUGAUUAAAUCUUUAUUUCCAAAAAUUUACCGACGUGAGAAAGAAUGAAAAACUCAACACAGUUUAUUAUGAUAAGUUCUCUUCAAAAAAGAAAAAAUAAUGAAAAAUUAUUUUUUUUUCAUUAUAAACUUCUUUGUUGCAAGUUGCUUUAAGCUUCAAAAUCAUACCACGUCUCUCAUUUCUUAGUUUCUUCAAUUUUCGACUCAUGAGAAUUUUUCUUAAGAGCAGGUAUUUUUUGGAACGGACUUGUUUAUUCUUUUGGACAAACUGAAGAAAAAAGCGGCUCGGGGAACAAGUGAAGUAUUACAGCGAAGAGCGACGGCAGUACAACGCGAUGCGAGACGCGCAGCGACGACAACGCAAAAGAGAACAGGAAAAUCGCGCGCGGCAGCGGUUGCCUGCGGCUCCAAACCAACAUCACCAGAUGCACGACGGUGAGACUUCUUUUUUUGAUUCUAUCAAUCAUUCUGGAAUCUCAAGGGUUCUCUUCGGAAAUGAUGCACGAGCCCUCUUCAGAAGAUAGACACGACGGCUCUAUUUCGCCGGGCGGAGAGAACUCCAUGUUGUACUCGUCCUACGACAUGUACCCAAGAGAGGACCUUUCUCGCUGGGAGCAGUGA